GGCGGUCCUCGCCUCCCCUCUCACAGAGCGCUUCCGGCCCAGGCCCCGCUUGGGCGGCAGUUCCGGGCAUGGCCGGCCUGUCAGACGCGGAGCUGGGCAGGGAGCUGCGGACCUUGGGCUUCCAGCCGGGGCCCAUCACCGACUCCACCCGCGAGCUCUACGUGAAGAAGCUGGGCCGCCUGCGGGCGGAGGGGGCGCCUAGGCCGCAGUCGGGGAAGACAGCAGCCCCCAGCAUGGCCGGCCUGUCAGACGCCCAGCUCGGCAGGGAGCUGCGGGCCUUGGGCUUCCAGCCGGGGCCUAUCACCGACUCCACCCGCGAGCUCUACGUGAAGAAACUGAGGCGCCUGCGGGCGGAGGGGGCGGCCGGCCGGAGGGGCCAGAGCACGGGCAGCGCCUCCAGCCCUGAGCCGGCCUCGGCCUCGGCCUCCCACCCUCUCCGCAGUCCCAGCCCCCAGGCACACAGCGCCCAUAGCCAGGGCCGUGGGGACAGUGAGGAGGAGGAGGAGGAGGGCUCGGAGGAGGAAGAUGAUGGAUACCAGCCCCCUCGCAGGGAUGUAGCAGAGGGGCUAAACCCUUGGGCCCAGCUGGGGAAGACAGUAGCCCCUGGGGAGCUUUCCCCCAGCACUCAGUGGGGGGCAGAAAGGGGGUUCAACCCCAGCUCCCAGUGUGGGACCAGAGAUGUCAGGUUAGCCCCCAGGCCCCAGUGGGGGGCAGAGAGGGAGUUAGCCCCCAGGCCCCAGUGGGGGGCAGAGAGGGAGUUAGCCCCCAGGCCCCAGUGGAGGACGAGGGAUGUGGGGUUAACCCCCAGCACGCAGUGGGGGACGAGGGAUGUGGGGUUAACCCCCAGCACGCAGCGAGGGACGAGGGAUGUGGGGUUAACCCCCAGCACGCAGCGAGGGACGAGGGAUGUGGGGUUAACCCCCAGCACGCAGCGAGGUGUAGAAAAGGGGUUAACCCCUAGCACCCAGUGGAGGACAAGAGAUGUUGGUUUAACCCCCAGCACCCUAUGGGAGACAGAAAGGAGGCUAACCCCCAGCACCCUAUGGGAGACAGAAAGGAGGCUAACCCCCAGCACCCAAUGGGAGACAGAAAGGAGGCUAACCCCCAGCACCCAAUGGGAGACAGAAAGGAGGCUAACACCCAGCACCCAGCGGAGGACGAGAGAUGGAGGGUUAACCCCCAGCACCCAGCGUGGGACGAGAGAUGGGGAGUUAACCUCCAGCACCCAGUGGUGGACAAGAGAUGGGGGGUUAACCCCCAGCACCCAGGGGGGGACAGCAGCAGUAGUAGGGGGAUUAAUCCGCAGAAUCCCGUGGAGGACAGGGGGAGAAGGAUUAACCUCCAUGAGUCAGUUGACAGGGGAAGCCCCCAAGCAGGGUGCAGUAGGAAAGGGUCUGGAGUUCUACCUGUCCUGGUUCCUGUACCUGGCCACCCUGAUGUUGUUGGUGAUUUUCCUGGGCAUCCUCUGGGUGAAGAUGAUCGGGCCAGGCUGGCUUCUGGGGGCAGAGGAGAACCUUAAACUGUUAACUGUGGAUUGUGAGACAAGGACAGAUGAUUUCUGUCAGGCUAAACAGAAGGACAUUUUAAUGACCAUGCUGUAUGAAUUAUAUAACUACCUGGCAGUACAAGCUGGUAGUUUUGAGUGUGGAAACCCUGAGAAGCUAAAAAGUAAAUGCAUUCUGGUUAGUGAAGCAAAGGAUCAUGUGGCGAAUGUAACCGGCAGUUCCCCAGAGAAGUUUGAAGAUGCCCUGCAAUGGAUACUGAACAGUAACAAUGAUUUAGGGAUAUGGUUAAAAGGGGAAGACCCAUCAGAACCGGUUACCAGUGUAGACCAGGUGGUGUGCCUCGAAUCCACCCGUCCUCGGAUGGGAUUAGGCUGUCGUUUCCGCCGGGCAGUAAGCACCGCCAUUAUGAACCUUUUCAUCUUCUUCUGGAGUCUAAUUGCCCUCUGGGGGAUCCUGUUACUCCUGAAGUAUCGCUGGCGGAAGAUGGAGGAAGAGGAGCAGGCCAUGUAUGAAAUGGUGAAGAAAAUCAUAGAUGCUGUCCAGGAUCACUACAAAGAGUGGGAACAGAGGUUGGAGCGAUACCCAUAUGUAGGCAUCCUUCAUGUUCGAGACACCCUCAUUCCACCCCAAAGCAGGAAAAAAAUGAAGCGGGUCUGGAACAGAGCUGUGGACUUUCUGGCUUCGAACGAAUCACGGAUUCAGACAGAGUCACACCGGAUAGCAGGAGAGGAUAUGCUGGUGUGGAGAUGGACUCAGCCCUCUUACGUCUCUGAUUCAGAGCACUAACCAGGAGCAAAGGAGGAGCCAUUGGUUCAGUCUGUGCAAAAGGACAGUUCCCUCUCUGGAUGUGGGAAGGGAUGGACAGGAGUUCUAAAUUUCUCAGUUUAGAAUCACCCCGACCCCCUUUUCCCUCUGUUUCUGAGAGACGCUUAACAGAUUAUUUUUGAGGCAAUAAUCUUGGUUUGUGAGAAGAUGGGCUUGAGCUAGAGAAGGAGCCAGAAGCACACCAAAGCUAGCUGUCCAGUGAGUGUUUGAGCUCCAUGAGUAAACAAACAUAUAAUCACUCUUUAAUACCUAAUAGAAAGGGGCAAGGGAUCUCUUUGCCCAAGGGGUAGAAGGUUUAAAGCUGACCUUUACUGUGGGAAGACCAACAAGUGGUUUUACCCAUCAGCAAAUGUUUUUUAAAAGAAUUAAUAUUUCCCAUGGAAACAUCAGGAAUGGGAGUUAGGACCCUUUAGUUUAAAACAUGCUUUUAUCUCACUAGCACACCAAGAAUCAAGCAUUUAACUGACGCUUAACAGAGAAGAGUUGUGUAUUUGUUUUGCCCUUACAGAGGGUGGGUGGGAUUGAGUGAGGGCAGUGUCGUGUGCCUUGAAAGAUUUGGGAUAUGGGGCGGGGGGGGGGGCUGGAGGAGAGGAGGUGAUCUAUGCUUUGUAUGUCUGCUUUCGUUGUGCUGUGUCUUAUACCGGGAACAGGUGGCAAAUGACAGAACACAGGUAUACAUAAGGAGCAUGCUCUUAUGGCUGCAGCCAAAAGUGAUCACUCGGUAUGUACAAAAAAAGAACUUGAGAAUGAACAUCCAGGCUGAAUGUACAUGUCUAUACCUGGCAGCUGUAAUGUGUGUGUAUUCUUUUGGAGAGCAGAUACGCUUACGGUGUUGAUGGAGGGCUUGUUUGUGGGUGUUAAUGUGGCAAUGCCACAACACUUAAUGAGCAGAGAUCAAUUCUCCAUGAGCAUUGCAGGCAUUGUAUUUUGUGUAUACAACUGUUUGGCUACAUAUGUUUGGUUUUAUGUACAAUUAAGAAGUGUUUGUUUUGAGGAGAAAAUAGCACCAGAGUGUAGUGACCUAGGCAGGACUGAGAUACUGUUGUUCUCAGGCUUCCCAACAUCAUAAACUUGUUAUCCCAAUCUCCACUCAGACAGCCACGACCAAAUUCACUUCUGGCAUAACUCAUUGGCUUAACCCCCUUAUGCCAGCGGUGAUCGGAGACAUUAUAACCAGUGGAAUUUAUUUCCAUUAAUGUCCUAAAUAUAGUAAAUGUGUGGCCAUGUUAAUGGAGAGCUGCUUCAACAUUUGGGAUCAGCAGGCAAGCUUCACAAGGCUGCUGAAUCCUGGCUUCCCUGUCCAUGGAACUGCAUUGAGAAGUAAUUUUAUAAAGUACCCAGGAAGGUUUGAACUGCUUCCUUAAUGUAUGGAAGUGUGUUCUAACCAUGAAGCUUGCACUUCUGCCUCCCCUGCUGGCCACGCUGAAGAUUGAAGGAUUGCUGGGGCUUUUUCACCUAUGCAAUCUGCUGGCUGCCUCAGAUUCAUUUUAUAUCCUGCUGGCUUGUCAGAGAAACUCAGUACAGAGAAGCAGUCUCCAGAAACAAAGCAACAGGAGGUCUUAUUAGUUAAGUAGGAGAAAUCCCAUGUUGAGUUGAAUUUUAUCCCCAUGUGUUUCCUCGUAUGGCAUAGGCAGGGUGUUUGAACAAAAGAGGAAACUCAACAGCUGUGUCCAAGACAUUAACCAUCUUUCCCACGCCUUAUUGAUUAAAACAGUUGAUAAAACAAAGGCAGCAUUUAUUCUUUUAAUGUGCUAGGACAAGCUCUUCAUAUCCAUUGGUGCUUGCGACAACUCCCAUCGUGCCUCCUGUCUUAUAUCUUUUUAAAAUACAUAUAGAUUUUGUAAUUUUUUUAAACCACCUGAUCUAGAGCGAAAAAGGCCAAACGCUGCACGUAUCUUUUGUACUGUUGAUGAAAUUCUUUUUUUGUAGGAUGAAUCUCACUGAGUUGGUGCUAUUUAUUACACAUUUAACUUGUGUCAAUACACUUAAUUGCAGAAUAAAUUUGUUAAUAUUA